AUUAAAAGAAGAAGAAGAAGAAGAAGAAGAAGCAGCAGAAGAAGAAGCAGCAGAAGAAGAAGAAGUCGGAAGUUGUUUUCUGCUGUCUUUUAACCAGAGCUGAACCCGAGUCUGAGCCCUGAAAAAAAUGGCCUUGAGAGCGGCAUUGAGGAACAAAUGCGUCUUGUCAGGUCUUCUUUCUCAGCGAUCCUCCUGCAGCAGUUAUGGCAGAGUGUGUGCCUCUCCUGUCCUCGCCGCUCAGCGGAGGAACAACUCCACCUCGCCUAAAAUAGACGUGGAUUUUAACCAAAACACGGGUGUGGCUGUGAUGCGCCUGCAGAGUCCGCCGGUCAACAGCCUUAGUUUAGAUUUCCUCACAGAGCUCUGCAUCAGUGUGGAGAAGCUGGAGAUGGAUAAAAGCUGCCGUGGCCUCAUCAUCACCUCGAACCAGCCCAAGGUGUUCUCAGCCGGGCUGGACAUCACAGAGAUGUACGGGAAGAGUCGAGAGCGCUGUGGAGAGUUCUGGAGAGCCGUUCAGGAGAUGUGGCUAAAACUCUACGGCUCCGACAUGAUCACUAUAGCUGCAAUCAAUGGAUCCAGUCCUGCAGGCGGCUGUCUCAUGUCUCUGACGUGUGACUACAGGAUAAUGGCAGACAACCCGCGUUACAGCAUCGGCCUCAAUGAGACGCAGCUGGGCAUCGUAGCACCUUUUUGGUUUAAGGACACCAUGACGAACACAGUGGGCCACAGAAACACAGAGGUGGCUCUGCAGCUGGGGCUGCUCUACAACCCGUCAGAGGCCCUGAAGAUUGGACUGGUGGACCAGCUGGUACCUGAAGACCAGGUCCUCACAACAGCCAUGCAGGCCAUGACCAAGUGGUUGGCUAUUCCAGACCACGCCCGAGCGAUCACCAAGUCCAUGAUGAGGAAGCCCACCAUCGACAAGCUGACGUCCAACAGAGAGGCCGACAUCCAACACUUUGUCAACUUCAUCACCAAAGACUCAAUCCAGAAGUCGCUGGGCAUGUAUAUGCAGAUGCUGAAAAAGAGAAGGGCCUAGAGGAAAGAGGGGAAACUCCUUGAAUGACACACGGAUUUGGGGGGAGUUUGUGACGCUAGUUGAAAAACGCAUCUGCCUUCGGUGUCACGUGUUCAUUGGUGUCAAUUGUGCUAAGAUUGUUGAGUACAUCUCCCUGCAGCAGCUCAGCCUCACUGUUCGACCAGCUAACUCGUGGGAGACCCAUAUAAUAAAAUUGUUUGUUUUUCUUAUGUAGCAUAACUACAACUGCAGGUUGUUGCGCAACCCUGUGUUGUACAAUAACAAUAAAUUAAUAAUGAACCUUGAUUGACACCAAUGCUUCUGUAACAAAUGAAUGUUUUCUUCAAAUUUCUUUAGUUACAGUAAUAUCAACACGUUCCGAUUUACUGUUUAUUUUGAGAUGUAUUUAGUAAGCUAGUUGGCCGGACAUGCUAACAUUUUAAGUUUAUAACAAAUCAGGAAGACCCAGUUAAAUCCAUUCGUUACAGUUUUUGAACUGUAACGAAUGGAAGCUGUUACCUGCGUUUCUGGUCUUUUCUGCUCGAUCCCUGAAAUAGUGUAACAUUUUCUACAACGAGCUGAUGAGUUCCUCUGAGUCACUUUACUUCUACACGGAUGCCGCCCCAUCAUCAACAGAGGGCGCUCCUCUUCCAAAGACAUCAUGCAGGGUCAGCCAUCAUACAUAACUUUAUUUGUAAUAAAUUGUUUCAUUUUAUUGAAGUCUCUCCUGAUUGAAAUAAAGUAUAUUUGCAAAGGACACAGCCGUA